ACUGUCACGUACUGUACAGUGGUGAUAUUAGUGUUGAUAGAAUUACCGACAAUAUGUUAAGUAAAAGGACACAAGUGUAACUAAUGUGACAUUUUAUUGUGGCAACGUUUCGCGGCUUUAUAAAGCUCCUGGAGAGCGAAACGUUGCCACACUAAAAUGUCACAUUAGUUGCACUACUGUCCUUUUACUUGACAAAGUGAUAAUAGUUUGAUGUGAUUCCUUCUAUCAAGUGUUGCUCCGCAGCCAUCAAAAGUAUCAUCCUCUGAGAAUACAGAUAAUAAUCAAGUAACUGAAGUAGUAAUGACCAGACCCCAGCUGUGACCAUGAGUCUGAGGAGGAAGAGAAAACAAGAUGCAGCCUAUGAUGGAUGGACUGAAAGAGAGGCUUUUCUUGAGGAAUUUUUAUCACUUUCCCCUGGAGUAUCAUUGAGUCAGCAAUCUGCAAUUGAAUGGUCAAGCAGUGAUGAGGAAAAUGAAAACAAAUCCAGCAAAACUGUUGUUGUUCCUGGAAUACGAGUUAUUAAUUUCUCAAAAAAAUUACAAUCAUCAGCUUUUCAUAAUAAAAUGGAGUGGAGGAAGACAGAACGAAGUAAAGCUGAGCCUAUGAAGGAGACUUCUGAUGGUGUAGUGUCAUGUCAAGUAAAGUCAUCAGAGCCAAGUGAAGGAUUGACACUUGAUUCCCAAAGACUAGAAUUAUGUACAUCUGAAACCAAUGGGUUGCCUACCCCAGCACAGCAGAAUAUGAAUUCAGAUAACAUAUACCCACGUGUUUCUUCCAGCUAUCAUUGUAGCAAUAAGGACAAUGGUGAAACCAGUUUUCACGCUGUUUCAUUCAAAACUCCUAAGAAAGAAAGAGAAACAAAUAAUAUCCCUCAUGAUGGAGACUAUGCAUCACCAAUCAUAGGAUCUCAGCGCAGUAGACGAACAGUGAAAGAACAUAUGCUAAGAGAUGGUUUGGGUGAUAUUGGUGCCACAGAGCCAAGUUCCCCUAUUCUGGGAUCACAAACCAUAAUGAGGAAGCAAAGAAAUGUAUUUAAAUUGAUGCAUGAAAGAAACUCUAGCUUUGGUUUUGCUUUUGAAAAGCUGAAAGGUGAUACUGGAAUUUCAGAAUCAUGUAGAAACAUUGCUGGAAGUGAAGCUCAAACACCUGCUACAGAAAUAAUGAAUGAGAAUGAAGAUCCUUUAAAGUCAAAAAUUAGAAGACGAAAUCUAAGUUAUGCAUUCUCUCAGUUAGAAUAUCAAGGAUCUAAAAGUAAUGAAGAAAAUAAUGAAGACAAGAGAGAUUUAAGCAACAUGAAAAAUCAAAUAUCUUGUGGUUAUACACAGCCUCUGAAAAAGAAUACCAAUUCCUUCAUUAAGAAAAACACAGAUACCAACAUGGAUGUUACAUCACAAAGCUCAAAAGCAAACAAGAAUGAAGAAAGCACUUUCUGGAAUCUAACAAAGAAUUCACAGAGUCUAAAAGUUUCAGAGACUACCUCUAGAUUCUCAGCUUUUAAAGAUUUUCUUCUCAAACAUGAGAGAGAAACAUGUGGAGAUGAUUUGUUAAUUGAGGAGUCCACUUCACAGAAUGAUGAUGUAAGUGGUGAAGUAGCUGACAGCCAGUCAGAUGUUGACAUUGACAGUAUUCCUUCACCAUCUAAGGAAGCUUCCGACAGUCUUGGAAAAUCUUUGGAAAGUUACGAAGCGAGUAUCUCAUCUGGGUCAGUCCCAUCAUCUGCUCCAGUAACCAACAAACAGGAGGGAAAAUUGAUGACUGGGUCACACUGGAUCAAAAUGCUUCAACAACAGACACCUGAGAAACCAUCAAGUAAAGAAAAGACUGAAGGUGGAGUGGAAUCAGCAAAGAAGAAAUCAAAAAAAGAUGGCCAUGGUGGGAGACUGCGGCGGUUAUUGCUGUCGUGGCAGUCCAGUUCUCGCAUGUGGGCCCACCAGGUGUCUGUUGCAGGUGUGCAGUGCCAAAAGACUCAAUUCUUGCAGACUGGAGAUGCAAAAUCUAUUGUACAUUCAUCUCAUGUUAGAGUUUCUGUAAAAAAGGAAAUAUCAGUGGAUAGUUCAAGUAAAACCUUAUCACCAGCAGUUAAGAAUUUGAAGAAUGCUCUCAUAGAAAGUCCAGUAUCAUCUGGUAGCUCAGAGUUGUCAAGUGGAAAACACUGGCAGUUACCAAAAAAAUAUUUAGAGCUAAGGAUUGUGAAAGUUGGUGGAAGGUUGCCAAGCAAUGCUGCUGUUUGUCAAUUAAUUUGCAGUGACUCUAGCACAAUGCAGACAGAUAUAAAACUGGAAAAAGAUAUAGGAAGUAACUUGGAGAAACAAGAAGGUAGAUACAAAAGAAAAUACGUUGUAUUUUUUGCUCUACAAGAGCAAAACGUUGGCAUCACACUGCAUGUAAAUGAUGUGGCCAGAAUUUAUUCUCCAUGGCAUCAGCUAGAUCUUCCAAGCCACAACAUGCCUGUACUUUUUACCUCAUACUUCAUCAUGCAGCAAAACCAACAUAUUAAAAGUGAGGAGCAUAAUAUGAAUGAGGUCAGUAUUUUGGAAAAUAAUGUAAGUAGCGAAGGCAGUAACAAGACUUUGACAGCAUUUCCCAGUAAAUCAGGAAUGAAGAAGAAGAUAAUCCUGACUACUUGGACCUGUUUAUGUUCAAGAGAUGGAACCGUGUUGCCAUCAAUGUGUGAUGCUCAGCAGCACAUGGCUCAGCUUCAGUAUGUUCCCAAAGUCAACAGUAAUCUUUCUCCUCUUCACCCUGGAUUCACUAUUGUAAAUGAUACUCCAGAAGAGAGAGACUUACAGAAUGAAGUUCAUCCUGCCUGGACAAUUUUGGAGGCUAUAGAGAAAUGUGGUGGAGUAUCUGAUGUGCCUGUAACCAUCACUAUUCGAGUGCAUCGCAUCAUAACUCGCAGAAAAUCUGCAGAUGUGGUGAAAGAAUGGGAAUUAGUUGGCCAAGAUGCUGCUGGAGUGUUUUGCACAGUUAAAAUCCCAAAUUGUCCCCUUGCCUCUCAGUUGACUGAAUUGCUGGAAAGAGGAGAAGGCAGCACACAUACAGUAACACAAGUCACCAUACAACAACGUCUUACCAAUACUCAGAAUCCCAGCUUGUUCUCUCUGAUAUCAUCAUUGCAUAAAGCGUACCAGACAGAAGUACGCAGUGAUCCUCUUCUGUACCCGCUUUUACAUGCCCAAGCUUCCCGCCCAUCUCAAACGUACUGCUAUGUGUUUACUGUCCAACUGGGGCUAACUGAACUUUUGCAUAGCGGAAAUGAAGUAGUUAUGCCAAUUUUACUACCUCAUUGGUCAUUAAAUGAGACAUUGCAGGUUGCUUGUGAUGGUCAACGUGGCAGCUUGAGUCUUCACAUCCUUUACAAAUUGUUUUCAUUUCUUUAUGUUGUGAACAAAUCUAUAAAAACUGAGAAUAACGAUGAUUCUAUAACAAUCCAUGAGAAUAAAGAACUAAGUAAUAGUGAUAACAUUAAAUAUGAUUUUGAUAAAGAAAGACUUUUAGUUAAAAAGAUAGUGGUCAGUGAUGGAACUACACUGCCAGCAUGGAUACCAGAAAGUGGCACUGUGAUGAAGAGUGCUUUGUUGAAAGAUGUUGUUAUUUGCAAUGGGUGUGUGAUGAUGGAUGAAUAUAGCUUGCUGCAGCAACAGGAGACUAGUAUGAUGCUAAGCUUAUCAGCUUUACACAAGAUCAUUAAGCCUUUAUCUUUUCAAACUCAGCGUUAUGACCUCUCUCUCAUCUCAGGUAACAUAUUAAGAGUGGAUGAAGAGACUGCCUACACAUGGCCUACAUGUGGUAAAUGCAAGAGUGAUAACAUACAAGAUAAGCAAAAUGACACAGUAGAUUGUUUAGCCUGUGGGGAAAAAUCUAGCAUUCCUGGAACUGGGUACUGCUUAGAGGUGUUUCUGAACUGUGGAUUAGAGCUACAUCUGGCAGGGGUAAAAGUGAAGCUUUACCAGAGAACUAUUGAGAAGCUGCUCUUAGACAUUAAUGAUAUACAUGGAGAGUAUGAUGCAGCAUCACUUGUAGAUAAACACGUUGGACCAAUGGUGUGUGUGUUGCAAGAGAUCAACAGAGCAAAACGUACAUCGAGUCAAACCUACACACUCAUUGAGCUUCCAUAUUGAACUUAAAUGCUCAAACUAAUAAGAGGUUUUCCAUUUUGUUAUAUAGUGUUACCAAUAGCCACUAUAUAAUGGCAAUCAAUCAUAUCAAGUCAAACUGCAAGAUAAUGUUCACACACAGGAAGUUAAUUUAGUAUUUUAAAAUGCUUUUAUUUUUAUAAUGGUACAAUCAAUAUGAUAAAUAUAUUUAUAUACUAGUGUAUACAGAAAUAUAUUUACUUCUCAUUACUACUUAUACUAUAAUGUAUACCUUCUCCAAUUUUACAAGAUCAGUAAUAUUUUAUUUUUACAUAUAAUGUAUGAUAAAUUCAGAUUCUAAAUGCUCUCUUAUGUCUUGCAUUUAUCAUUGCCAGUACUGAACUCUGUAAUGUUAGCAACAGGCACCACUUGCACUGUAGACCAAGUUUUAUAAUUUACAAAACCACCCCCACAUGAAUCGGAAUCUAGCUCUUAAUAUCUGUUUACAAGAGAGAGUGCUGCAUAAUCCUACAGGUUUAGCGCUUCCCCUUGAUUAUAAUAAUAAUAAUACAAGAGAGAGUUCCAUAAACCCAAACCAGAGUAAUAUAAUUUAAAUCCCUCCAUGCUACUAGCUUGGCUUAUUGACAGGUGGGAGGGAACAUGUGUUAUACACUAAUUUGUGUGGUGGUGCUAAUGGGAGAUUACAUAAAAACAUGCACAGUAGAUCUGAAGAGACUGCAGUGUAUUUUGGUCUCGUCUUUAACCAUACAUAUCAAUUUAUCUUCCAUUCUUUUCUUUGGUCUGAGCAAAAAUCACCUUUAACAAGAGAGAUUUUCUUCCUGCAUACAAUGUACUAUAAGUCUGGACCAUGAAACCUCUCAAAGGCAAAAAGGGUGAACAUGGAAGAUGUUUCAU